CCUCGUGACGCCUUCAUGUCAUUGGCAGCGAUCCAGCGAUUCAUUUCCCCGGGAUGACUCUCUUCCUCUCGGCCCUCCUGCUGACAGUAGCGGCAUCACGCUCUCUCAGGGAGGGAGUCGCCUCCCUACCUCUUCGGCCUGAAGGGCCCUGACCGGCACCCGCAGCUCAACCGGAGGCGGCUUUUCAUCUCUAGUAUCAGGUUAUGGAUGGAAAGAACCAGCGAACCACAAGUGGGGAUUUCCGAGAAUCCCGGCGCUCAGGAUUCAGGAUCUGAAUCAUCCACUACAAUGUCACGACCAAGGAGACGCAGCUGAAGGACCGGCUCUUCUCCUGAAUGUCCUUCUCUUCAUCAGUUUCAGACGCUUUCAGCCAAUAUUCAUUCCAGGAUGAACUGAGGCGGACAUUCCAAUUCCACCUGAACGACACUGGGAGCGGAUGCUGGGCGAUGGGAGCUGGAGAGGUGAUCAGAAAAUAUUUGUGAUUUGUGGAUGAGAACCGGUAUCUGGAUCGGAUUCCUUGCGGAAAGACCCCGUCAGGGAAGGAGGAAGCAAGGGCAACUGCGGCAACCGAACCGACAACCGGGGGGAGGGGAGGGGGAGUCGAGACUGAAGAGGAUGAGAAGAUGGGUUUAGUUUUUGGACUCUUGUGGCUGUUGACCAGCUUCCUGCAGGGCGCGCACAGCCAGGGCGUGUAUGCGUCCCCUACAGUGCGAAUUGUCCAUGCUGGUCAGGCCUGUAAUGUGGAGGAAGAGCAACAUAGCGAGAGGGUUUACAUCAUCCGAGAGGGAGAAACUCUGGAACUCCAGUGCCUUGUCACUGGACACCCUCGACCACAGGUGCGUUGGACUAAGACAGCAGGUGGCGCUUUGGAUACUCAAGGAAAGUUGUCGCUGAAAGGUGGAACUCUAAAAAUUGAGAACAUCAGUCGCCACCAGGGAGGGCGCUACUACUGCAAGGCUGAGAAUGGACUGGGAUUCCCGGCCAUACGCUCCAUACGAGUGGACGUCUACUACUUGGAUAAACCAGUUAUCACUGUGCAUCAGAGUGAUGACGAAGCAAAGGAACAGUUCUACUUUGAACGUACCGUCUUUCUUCGUUGUGCUGCCAACUCGAACCCUCCUGUCCACUACACUUGGACAAGAGACAGAGAGGUGCUGGCACAGGGCUCUGACUCAGGGGUGGAGAUAUACAAGCCAUUUUUCACACAGGGUCAGACAAAGAUCUUGAAGCUGAAAAAUCUACGUCUGCAGGAUUAUGCUGACUACACCUGUUUUGCUUCUGUGAAGAAUUCCUGUGGCAUUAGAGACAGAAGUACCCACUUCAUUCUCAACAACAGGACAGCUCCCCCCUCUGUUAAAAUACUUUUGGAUGAUCCUGUGGUGGCAAAUCCUGGAGAGACGAUCACUCUGGUUUGCAAAGUGAUGGGUGGACAUCCUUUUCCAACACUAAGAUGGUUGAGGUUGGAAGAUGAGGAGCUACCAAGGAGAGCCAUUGUCAAAGAUGGUACACUGACAGUCCCGGUUAUUAGUGAUGACGAUGGAGGAACUUACACCUGUGUUGCAUCCAACAACGUAGGAAACCCUGCUAAGAAAUUCAUCACCAUAUUGGUCAGAGGACUACGUAAAGGUCGGUUCUGGAUCACACCAGACCCAUACCAUAAUGAGGACAACAUUCAAAUUGGUCGGGAGGUCAAAAUUAGCUGCCAGGUGGAAGCCACACCUUCAGAGGAGCUGCAGUUCAGCUGGCUAAAGAAUGGCCGGCCAUUGAAGAGCUCUGAGCGAAUGGUCAUCACCCAUACUGACCCCAGCAUCUCACCAGGAACCACCAACCUUGACAUAAUUGAUCUAAAAUUUACAGACUUUGGCACCUACACAUGUGUGGCAUCACUGAGAAAUGGAGGAAUCCCAGAGAUCAGCAUUGAUGUAAAUAUUUCUUCAACCACAGUUCCUCCUGAACUUUCAGUCCCCAAGGGACAAUCUCAACUCAUAGUUCUGGAAGGACACACUGUUGACCUCCAGUGUUUGGUCUCAGGAAAACCCAAACCCAUCAUUAUGUGGUCUCGGGUCGAGGAGAGUGGGCAAACUGCAGCACUACCACCUAUGAUGCCUGAUGGCUCGGCACAGAUGGAGAGCUAUGAUGGCAUACUGAGAAUCUACAACGUGACGAGAAAGAUGAGCGGGGCAUACCGCUGCCAAACAAGCCAGUACAACGGAUUCAAUGUCAAACCCAGAGAGGCCCUGAUUCAUCUUGUGGUGCAAUUCACUCCGACUGUGAAGCCGGUUUACACAGAGGUACGUCAGGCACUUGGCCGAGCAUUCAGCCUCACCUGUAACUUACUGCAAGCUUACCCAGCUCACCAUCUGCAGUAUGAGUGGAAACUGGGCUCACGCCUGCUCACUGUUGGUCAGUUUAGUGACCAGAGCCAUGACACCAGUUACCAUGUUAAAGCUCUGAACCGAGAAGGCUACGGCGAGUACACCUGUGACAUCACCAAUGAAGCCGGUUCAGGCCGGUGCACCUUCCUACUUACAGGGAAAGCCUACAGACCAGAGUUUUAUCAUGAUACCUACAAUGCUCUGUGGCAGAACAGACCUCAAGUCUACGGCUUCAAACUUCAAUGGACUCAGAUGGAGCCCAAUUCUGUGGAUCGAAUUGUGGCCUAUCGGCUUGGCAUCAGGCAGAUGGAUCAGACUCGCUGGUGGGAGCAAGAGAUUCCUAUUGGUGGACCCAUCCAACAGGGGCAGCUGCUGACUUACAACCUGACAGAACUGAUCAAACCUGAGUCCUACCUGGUGCGUCUCACCCCCAUCACCCGAUAUGGUGAGGGGGAUGCUUCUGAACGCACAAUCACAUACAGCGCUCCUGUUAACCCACAUCUCAGGGAGUUCCACUGUAGUUUUGAGGAGGAGGCGUUAUGCUCUUUCUCUCAAGACAAGUCGGAUGAGUUUGACUGGAUAAGACAGAGUGGCACCAAAGAGGGCACAACAAACACAGCGAAUACAGGACCAAGCUCUGACCACACCGGCUCAAGUCAAGGCUUCUACAUGUUCAUUGAGACAUCCAGGCCCAGGCUGGAGGGGGAUAAAGCCCGACUGAUGUCCCCAACUUUCAACAUUGACACCAAAAGUGUCUCCUCCUCUUCAGCCAGUAACAAUCCCACCUACUGCUUUACCUUCUACUACCACAUGUUUGGGAAACAUAUAGGAGCUUUGAAUAUUUUCUUGCGGUUGAAAGGUCAGAUGCUCACAGAUACCUUAAUCUGGAGUCUUACUGGUAACCAAGGAAACUACUGGCAGCAGGCAAGGGUUAACAUCCAUCCAACCACAACCUUUCAGGUGGUGAUGGAAGGAGUCAGAGGCUCAGGUAUUGAAGGCAAUAUCGCUAUUGAUGAUGUUACCGUUGAGGAGGGCGAGUGCAAAGACGCUCCGUCUAACAGUGAGAAUCUUCACAAUCUGAAGUCAUUUGCUUCACUGCCAUCGUAUUAUGUGUCUCUACUCUACAUCAGUCAAAGUCUGGUGCUGAUUGGCUGGGAGAGGUGACACCAUCAGCACAUUUUCCCUCUUAUUCCCAUGCAAGCUUCCAUGACUUUUGACUGUGGCCCAAGGAAUCUGUUUCACACCUCAAUAACUGGAAAGAGAGCAGAAUUGUAUUUGCUCUGUCAAGGGGAAAAUAAAUCUGUCCUUCAGCGGCAUCUUAUCUUGUCAACAGUUCAACCUGUGACAGGUUUAAUUUAAAUCUACUGUUACACGAAGCUGAAGCUUCCUGUCUAAAAAUUCCUUUAAAAUUGAUUAUGUAUGAACAUCAUACACAGUGUUCAUUGAUGUAAUGAAGUGAUGAUUUAUGCUAUGAAAUAUAGUCUGCAUCAGCAGUCUGGUGUGUAGCAUUGCCCAUCACAUUGAACAGUCUUCUGCACUACAACUAAAUUCAGAAAGAAGGCAGAACAUGUUACAAUAGUAGCUGUCAAGUGAAGAGGAUGAUGUAAAAUUAAUAAAAAGUUUAAGGUUUAAACUUUGUAAACAUUUGUUUAAAUGUUACUCAAUACUUUAGCCAGGCACUGUUUAAUGAACAUGGCUUCUGUUAGCCUUUAAUGUGGACACUUGAAAACAGACAUCUGACCAGAAAACCCAACUGCAUUAAUUUGUAGUGUCACACUAUUAAUUGGUUCAAUUAUUCUGAACAGGACAAUGASUUUUUAUGUGGAUAUACAGAAUCAAACAAAGAAUUAGUUACAAUCAAUUCACAACAAAAGAUGUGAGUGAUGUCAGACAGUGSUCUGACAUCACUCACAUCUGCUCAAAGUGAUGGUUAAGAAAACAAAGCAGCAGUUGGAAGUUCACUGACCAGGUUUUGUCUGUCCCUUAUUUGCUUCCUUUCUGUGCUCUAAUUGAAUAGAUCAGCAGUACUGUAUUGGACACGCAAAAAUAAGUCUCUUUACUCUUUUGACCUAGAGAGGCUUGGAGAAAAAAAACUAUUUUGAGUAUAUUUUAAUGUUGGUCCAUCUGUUAGACAUGAAAACAACACCUCACCUUCUGCCAUAACAUGAAGUGCCUUAAAAUGAGAGGAGACGAUGGCCCAGACUGGCAUCAAUAUUGAGCCAGUCAGACAUUUUUCUGCAUGAUGAAAGGAAAUUUAAACAAUUAGCUUAGACAAGAUUUUGUAUUAGUAUGGAAAUACAAUUUCUCAGCUUGUUUACUUUUUCUUUCUGUUGGGAUAUUAGCAUAAGUGUGACCAUAAGCCAUAUGGAUGGCUGCGAGAAAAAUGGCCAGGAAGCGGAUUCUUUAAACUGAUACCAACUUUCUCAAAUAACCUUUAAUAUGGAAAAUGCAAAACAUUAACUAUUUGAGGAACUUUGAAUCUGUUAAAAAGAAAGAAUUUCAUAUUAUUAAUCAAUGGCAUCCAAGCUUUGGACUUAGUGUAUACUAGGGGUUGAAUGACUUAUUUUUUGAAGUCUACUACAUGAUAAAAGUCGAGUCAACGUCACUAGUCACUGUGACGUCAUAGUGACGUAAACACCAAACCCUUCAGAACAACUUAGAGGCUUUAUCAGCCAUAUUCACAACAAAUAUUGAUUAAAAAAAUCUCGCUUUUAUGCAGAAUUAAAAGAACAAGAAACAGAUCCAAACACCAGCUGAUACUUAUUACACUGACCACAGUGAUGCUUUUAGAACAUCACAAACCAAACUUAUGAACGGAUCCUAUUUGGUUACAGUUGAAUAAUAGCUGCCACCUGCUGUGCAGCAGGAUGCUCCGCUGACUCAGCAGCAGCCAUCUUUAUGGGAUUAACCGACAUGCAGAUUGCCUCUAUCAGAUCCUCAGAAUGAAGUUUAAACUUUGUUUCCUGAUGUUGUAUUUUUAUAAGAGCGUAAAGCUACCAGGUUAAAAGCUUCAAUACACAGGGUGAUGGUGAUCAGUUGGAUGGAUAAAAAAGCCCGACAUCAUGACUUAUUGUUGCACAUUACUCCGGUAGUCUAUUUUUUUUAUAUAGAAAUUUUUCAGCACUAGAUUAUUUGACAGCAAUCCGUCAGGAAGGGGGCAGGGAGAGAGGAGUGGGGCAGAGAGGCCCAGCAAACCGAGGACGGGAGUCAGGCUCCCGACUCCCCGGUCUACAGUCUSUACAUGCGGGGCGCCGGGCAACGCUCCUGUUCCGGUAGCUUUUGCUGAAAUUUUCAGCUUCUCUUUCAUAAAUUAUUUACAUUUUUAUACAAUUUCAAUUAUCUGACUAACUCACCUAAUUCACCUUCUUGGAAAAAUCAGUUUUGUAACGUGAUUGCUACUAGUCGACUAGUUGGUGCAACCCCUGUGUAUACAAAUGAGAGCUUCACAAAGCAUUACAAAACAAUAUGACACUUUCAUUUCUUUACAGUUACUUUGAAACAAUUUUCAAAGUGUUUGAAUGGCUGAAACGUAAGCAACUGUAAUGUACUUUAUACCGAUCAACAACAUAAGCACAAAGAAAACAUAGUCAAUUGAAAAUGUUAUUCUUCCUUUAAAUUCUAGGAUUUUAUAAGAUGCUUCACUUUGAUAAUUUAUGAAACAAUUAAGAGAAAGACAGACAGAAAAGUAAAAAAAAAAAUCCAUCCACAGAGCAGUAAGGUUCUAAGUAGAGAACUUGAUUGAUUCAUAAAAGUGGGAGUUUUGGUAUUUUGAUAGUUUGCUGCACAAUGACACCAGCAGUUAACUUAGAAAAGUUUUCUACCCAAUACUGCGUGAAGAGUUACAAAAAUAUUUUCAAAGUCAGUCAUUCUUCUUCACAAAGGUAUCUUAAAGAUUAAAAAACAAACAAACUAAGCAUGUUUAACAAAUAUCACUUUAUUCUUAAACAUUUUAGGUAAAUUUAAAACAAAAAGGGAUUUAUGUUUUAACUUGUGUUCCACCCUAUAAUAAUUUUGCCUUUUCUUCCUAUACUUGUUUUCAAUUUUUGUUUUCCUGGAAAUAUAUUAAAAACAAUAUUGGGAUUUGAUUUCAAAGUACUUUCUCGUUGUUAGGCUAAUUUGUUCAUUACUUGCAAGGAGCUUACAUUUGCUGUUGGUUUGUAAAGUAAUAAAUAUAAAGAAUAUAUCAUGAAUCCUAACUUAUUUUUACAAUGAAUGGGUUAAUGUUAUUUACUUAAUGUCUUUAGUCUUUUUCUCAUAAUGUGCUUGUAAAUUAUUAUUAUUAUUAUUAUGUAAACACUUUAUAAUAAAUAAAUAAUUGAUCCCAUUUAUGCCAGCUGAUGUGCAUUUAUCUGUACGUUAAUAUAUAAGAGAAACCAAAGUCAGAUUUUUUUUUCUAGCCUGGGAAAAACAAACUCUUGUUCUAUUAUUUGCUUCAUACAGAGGAUCUGGACCUUUGGGUAUUGAGAAACGAUUACUUGCUGGAGGUGUGAACUUUGUUGAAAUGUUACAUUUUACCCAAUCAAAAUGUACUGCAGGGUCAGCCCAUGGCAAAUGUUGAGGGUGCCAGCCAUAAAAUGGGCAAGAAAAUAAAGUAACUUUAACUGGUUUUUUAAAAAUGUAUAUGUAUUAACAAAAUUUCCUAAUAUAAAAUAUUCUACACUAAGUUAACUGCACAGUAAAAAAUGUUAUAUACUACAUUAAUAAUAUUUUGCUUAGCACUAAUGAGAUGGUAAGCAUUAUUGUUUCAUGAGGUUUUUGACCAUCAACACUUUGCCCAAUGAUUCAAAACUCGACAGUGACAUCAGUUCAUUAUGUCUGAACUGAAAUUAUAAUGACCUUUUUAUUCAAAUAAAUCAUACUUCAAAAAAAUAUUAGAACAUGGCAGUGUUUUUAUCAAACAUGGUUCUUGUGGUGUAAUCCAUUGAAUUACAUGGACCAGGGAGCAGACCAUGCUUAGCCACUGACAUGAAAAAGCUUAUCAAUCAAUCAAGUUUAUUUAUAGCACAUUUCAAAAACUGCUAAGGUAGCCAAAGUGCUGUACAUUAAAACAGAAAAGUAAAAAACAUACAAACAUAUGAAAUGUACAAAAAUCACUUACAUGGCAGCUGUAUUUUGAGGUGCCAUACAAGACCACAGUAUGUUAAAAUCCAAGGAAUAAAAGUGUGUUUUUAAAAAUUGCUUAAAAGCAGGAAGAGAGGAGGCCUGUCUGACACUCAAGGGUAACUUGUUCCAUAACUUGGGAGCAACAACAGCAAAUGCCCCAUCACCUCUAAGCUAGUUUUAUGGUCUCUCUGCAUCAAACACUCAGCUGAUCUUAGUGAUUGGCGUGGGCAGWAUGGUUGAAGCAUCUCAGAUAGAUGUGGUGGAAUAAGGUUGUAUUUGAAAACAAAUAAAAGCUUCAAAUGAAUCCUGUAGUGCACAUGGAGCCAGUGAAGGGAGGCUAAGAUGGGAAUGAUCCUAGCGUGUCUUGUCUGCUUGAGUUAACAGACAAGCAGCAGCUCUGCAAAAGCUGCAGGCAUAAUCCCUACGUAUUACAGUGCAUUACAGUGAUCGCAAUGAACUGUGAUUAAAGCGUGAAUUAAAUUCUC